UGUUGUACAUGUGGUUUACAUUGAUUGGCUGCCAGGUUCUGAACGCUAGGGGCGUUCGCCAGCGGUACAGUAAACGCAUGGGUCGCAUAUUGUUCCGAGGUACUGUGUGGAAGGGAACGGAGACACUUGUGCAGAUGUCGUUUUACCGAAACGUCGUGUGGUUCAUCAAAGGGAUGCGAGAAUAUACGAGAGCCGGGUACGAAUCAGCCUCCAAGCACUUUGUGGCCAAAGAUCUGGACGUGUCGGUGGUGGGUCUGUCCUUCAUGAUCACUGGAGCCAACAGCGGUAUCGGGAAAGAAACGGCCUUGGCCAUUGCAAAGAAAGGUGGAACGGUUCACCUGGUGUGCCGGAAUAAGGAGCGGGCAGAAGCAGCCAGAGAGGAGAUCGCUAGGAAGAGUGGGAAUGCCGAGAUCUACAUCCACCUGUUGGAUCUGUCUGAGACACGCAAAGUUUGGGAGUUUGCAGAGGCCUUUAAGAAAGAGUACUCUUCUCUCAAUGUUCUGAUCAAUAACGCUGGAUCCAUGGUGAACCAGAGACAGCUGACCUCUGAUGGGUUGGAGAAAAACUUUGCCACCAACGCCCUGGGUGUUUAUGUUCUGACAAAGUGUCUCAUUCCUCUGAUGGAAAGGAGCAGAGACCCUAGAGUGGUGACCGUGUCUUCAGGAGGAAUGCUAGUGAAGAAACUUGACACAGCAGAUCUACAGACCGAGAGGGUGGUCUUCGACGGCACCAUGGUCUAUGCACAGAACAAGAGGCAGCAAGUGGUGAUGACAGAGGUGUUGGCUAAAGCACAUCCCAAAAUCCACUUCUCAGCGAUGCAUCCUGGCUGGGUGGACACCCCAGCUGUUGCCACGGCAAUGCCUCAGUUCCACCAGCUGAUGCAGCCAAGGCUGCGGACACCAGAGCAGGGAGCAGACACGGUGGUGUGGCUGGCCCUGACCCACGCUGCCACCGCCAACGCCAGCGGCCUCUUCUUCCAGGAUCGGCGAGCAGUGUCAGCUCACCUACCCCUGGCGUGGACACACAGCUCCCAGCAAGAGGUCCAGGACUUCAUGGCCCAGCUUGAGACCCUCGCCAUGAGUGUCAGACCAUCUGUAUCAUCAGUGGACACCUGAGGUCUAUCAAGGAAGCCAGUAUUCCUCACACCUGUUACCCGGACCCCGUCCUUGAUGGCAUUAGCAUUGCACAGUUUAGUGAUUUCCGGAAUUAAAGGUUGGGUAACUAACUAACUCAUGAAGUAUUAAAGGUUGGGUAACUGACCAAUGAGGGAUUAAAGGUUAGGUAACUAACUGAUGAGGGAUUAAAGUUAAUGGGGAAUUACAUGUUGGUAAAAACUAAAUACACCAUCUUGAAAUUAGUACUAACAUAUUAAAACUUUAAUAUUUCUAGGAAGGAAACUCACUCUAUAGAUUAUUGUGUUAUACUAAGAAAUUUGUCUCAGCUCAUAGGUCACAAAAGCAGACACUGGGCUGCAGGAGACGGAUGUGUUUAAUGGGAAAAUAAGCGGCAUUUUACAUUAGACUAAUGAAUGCAGCCCUGUGUGCAGUGGUUACAAGGCCUCCGUCUACACUCCUGAACAACAAGGUCACUUAGCUGUGUUCCUCUUAUAUUUAUGCUCUGGAGAUGGGAUUCAGGUAUUAUCCCUGGGAAGGGCAUGAUUCCCUGUGGGAAGAAUGGUUUGCAGCAUCAGGUCCUGGUGCCGUAUUCUCCAGGAGUACAACAUAAUAUACUUGCAUGUAAACAAAGCGUUCUCUAACGUGGAACAGUGGCGUAGUUUUGUCAGUGCAGGUCAGGCCUGCACCAUGACUAACGCUAGAGAAACAGAAAUCCCAAAACCAGGACCCACAUUUGCUUUAAUUCUGAGUAAAGGAAAAGCAAAGGUGCAUUCUUAUGCUACAUUAUAUAAAUGUCAUUGAGCUACUUUGGCUGAUUUAUAUUAAAAGUCUGCAUGGCAAA